GCGAAAGAGUGAAAAACCGUUGAAGUCUAACAAGUUCAGUAUUAGGAUUCUAGGGCAUCUAUACUUGUAAACGCUUUAACAUACUUCUGCAAUCAUCAUGGACAUUGCUCUAUUUUCUCCAUCUUCACUCUUCCAUGAUGAGGAUGCUACAACCUCCGAUGAUGAAUCAGCAGAGAACUGUCAGAACUAUGUUGAGAGAAGUCACCAAUUUCCUGGAAUGGAAUUGGUGAUUCGAGAAUUUUCCUUUCACCAGAUGAAUGCAAAUCUACUAUGGCCAGGAACAUUUGCAUUUGCUGAAUGGCUAAUUCAAAACAAGUCAAGAAUAGAAUCAAAGCACAUCAUUGAGUUAGGCAGUGGAACAGGUGCAUUGGCCAUUUUUUUAAAAAAGUUGUGUCAGGUAGACAUUACAACUUCUGACUAUGAUGAUGAGGAGAUUGAAGAGAAUAUAGCUCAUAAUUGCAGGAUUAAUGGAGUAAUACCUGUGCUUCCUCAUAUCAAGCAUUCAUGGGGUGAUCCUUUCCCUAAUCCUCAUCCAGAGUGGGACCUCAUUAUUGCUAGUGAUAUCUUGUUGUAUGUGAAACAAUAUGCAAACUUAAUAAAGACUUUGUGCUUCCUCCUAAACUCUUACAAGCCACGAGAAACUGUUGCAGUGUCUCAUGAGGCUCAAGGAGUUCCACAACCAGCUUUCUUGAUGAGUUGGAGAAGAAGAAUUGGGAAAGAAGAGGAGUCGUUAUUUUUCACGGGGUGUGAAAAUGCUGGUCUUCAAGUACAACAUUUGGGAUCCCGGGUCUACUGUGUUACACCUACCAAACCCUAGUUUGUGGGGCAUGUAAAAUGACCAUUUUGCCCUUCAUUUUUGAAAAAAAAACAUGCCUUUUUUGAAUCGAACUCUGAUGAUUUCUUCUGAUGUUGGCUGUAAGACUGGUUCGUGGGACUGUCUAUUUGAAUUAUUUCAUACAAACCCUAA